CAAGGCACCACACACACACAGGAAAAACAGAAUCCUUUUCCAAAAGAAAAAAUAAAAUCAACCUAGAGAGAGAGAGCAUUGAUGAAGAUCAUCACUUUGGUAUGUUAUUGCAAGCAUUUAGAGGGAAGACACGAAAGGAAAGAGAAAUAAAGAUUAUUAUUAUCACUGAGAGAAGAAAGAAAAUGUGGGCGCCAAUUUCAACUUCAAGCUUUCAUCUUCGUCUUCCUCUUCUCUUCUAAGAUCUAGGGUUUUCCUGGGUUUGUUUGUUUUUACUCGACCUGUCUCUCUCCCUCUCUCUCUCUUAAUUCUGGAUUGGUCAUGCCCCUACCCUUUGAGGGAUUUCAAGGGAAGGGGGUUCUGGGUUUCUUAGAUUCUUCUCCGGAAUACAAAAUCUGGACGAAUCGAGAGAAAAUCCAUGGACGACGAGAAGAUCUCUGUUAUGUUGUCGGUGUCAACAAUGGUGGUUUCCCGGAGCCGACCUCUGUUUUAGACUCUAUUAGAAGUCCAAGUCCUUUCGUCUCUUCCUCAACUACCACGCUGUCUUCCUCUCACGGUGGUCCCAGCGGCGGCGCUGCUGGUUCCUUUUCCGGCACCGAUGGGAAAUGCGAUCAAUUGGGUUUCGAGGAUCUCGACGGAGUUCUCUCUGGCUCGCCGGGACAAGAACAGAGUAUUCUUAGACUAAUCAUGGCCGGCGAUGUAGUGGAUCCAGGUUCUGAGUUCGUGGGGUUCAACCCGGCUUCUGGAUCCGACCCGGUAAUUGAUAAUCCGAACCCACUGUUUGGCUAUGGCUUUCCUUUCCACGAGCCAACACUACCAGGAGAAGAAGAAAAGUUUCAGAUUACGACGAACCCAGAAACUCCGAUACACCCAAAUCCGGGUUUUUUCUCCGUCGGGUCAUCUCCUCCUGCAAAACGGCUCAAUUCGAGUCAACCCGGUUCUCUACUAUCCGAUUCUCAUCACCACCACCACCAGUGGGUUUUCCCGUUCUCGGAUCCGGGUCAUGGAUCUCACGACCCGUUUCUCACGCCGCCAAAAGUUGCUGGAACCGAAGACGAAGACGAGCAUGCCCAGUCGUCGACGGUAAUCAUCGACCAGCUAUUCAACGCGACGGCGGAGCUAAUCGGAACCAAAAACGGCGGAGAUAGCAAUCCCGUUCUCGCGCAAGGGAUAUUGGCGCGGCUCAAUCACAACCUUAACAACAACAACAACACUAACAACAAUCCUAAACCUCCGUUUCACAGAGCGGCUUUGUAUAUAACCGAAGCUCUCCAGUCUCUGCUUCAAGACUCACCACCGUCUCUCUCAUCCCCUCAAACCCUAAUCCUUCGAAUCGCUGCUUACAGAGCCUUCUCAGAAACGUCACCGUUUCUCCAAUUCGUCAACUUCACAGCAAGCCAGACGAUUCUCGAGUCCUUGGAAGGGUUUGAUCGGAUCCACAUUGUCGAUUUUGACAUCGGUUACGGAGGUCAAUGGUCGUCUCUGAUUCAAGAGCUCGCCGGAAAAAGAAAUAGAUCAUCAUCAGCUCCGUCGUUAAAGAUUACAGCUUUCGCGUCUCCUUCAACUGUCUCCGACGAAUUCGAGCUCAGAUUCACGGAAGAAAAUCUCAGAAACUUCGCAGCAGAAACUGAAGUUUCCUUCGAAAUCGAGCUAUUGAAUAUGGAGACUCUGUUGAAUCCAACCUGUUGGCCUCUCUCUCUACUCCGAUCAUCGGAUAAAGAAGCAAUCGCUGUGAAUCUUCCAAUUAGCUCCGUCGUCUCCGGUUACCUUCCGUUGAUCCUUCGUUUCCUGAAACAAAUCUCUCCAAACGUCGUCGUUUGCUCGGACAGAAGCUGCGACCGCAACAACGACGCGCCGUUUCCUAACGGUGUGAUCCACGCGCUGCAGUACUACACAUCUCUGCUCGAGUCUCUCGACGCUUCCGGGAAUCAGAAUGAUGAGGAAGCUGCCACGAGUAUCGAGAGGUUUUGUGUGCAACCGUCGAUAAAGAGAUUGCUGGAAAAUCGUUACCGUUGGAUGGAGAGAUCGCCGCCGUGGAGAGGCUUGUUUGGGCAAUGUGGGUUUUCUCCGGUGACGCUGAGUCAGUCGGCGGAGACACAGGCGGAGUAUUUGCUGCAGAGGAAUCCGUUGAGAGGAUUUCAUUUGGAGAAGAGACACUCGUCUUCUUCACUUGUCUUGUGUUGGCAGAGGAAAGAACUUGUUGCUGUCUCAGCAUGGAAAUGUUGAGGAGUAAAAUUGAAGAAAAUAUGUCAGCUCCUCCACUUUAUUUUGUCUUUUUUUUAGUACCUUUUAAAUUUGGAUUAUAUGAUGUUUUAACUUGUUCUUAGUCUUUGAUUGUGAUGUUAACCAAUCAAAUGAUAUAUAUAAUUAUCCUUUUGUUAGUC